AUGCCCGUCUCCGACAGGCCUCCGCCCGAGCACAACAUGGCGGCGGAGCUGCAGGAGCUCGACCUCCCACCGGGCGUCACUCGUUUCCUUCAGAAGGGAAUGAGCAACGCAGACGCCCUCAUGUCGCUCAGCGCCCUCACUCAAGUUCACCCCAGCCUCGUCAAGGAGGGCAAGCCCGAACUGGUGGGCCUUCAGGGCCCCACAGCGGUCUGGAGGAUGUGGGGGGCGGCCGCGGCUGGCAUCCACCCCAAGGAAGACAUCCCAAUCGCGCACUUCCUGUGCCCGAACGGGCACGCCAUGCUGGCGGCCCUGGGCGGCCCGAAGGACCCCGUGCUCGACCCGGGCGCCCUGGCGAUCGACUGUCCGCACGAGGGAUGCAGGGAGCGGCUGUUCCCGAGUCUGGCCAACGUCGUCAGCUUGACCGCGCCGCACGAGGACGCCCCGGAGGCCCACGACUUCUUUGUGUCGGAGGGCAUCCGCGUCAUCAACAGGAUGCCGCACCCGGACUCUCAGCUCGUGAAGAGCGCAGAGAAAGUCGCGAUUACUCGCACAGGCGCCGCGAAGGUGAACCGUGUGGCGGCGGCUGGGGACGUCUGCGCGGUCGUCGGGCACUCGUACGCCUCGGUGUCGCUGGCGUGCGAGUCCGCGGCCACUGUCUGCAUCAAGACGCUGGAAAAGCGAAAGAAUGUCAACCAGUGGGUGGGCUGCCUGCUGUGCCCGUGCACGUGCGUUGUGUGCCUCGGGGCGUGUCUGUUCUCGCCGUGCAUCGCGGCCUGCUGCGUCGCCAAGGCGAUGAAGGAGGACCCCGAGGCGGGCGCGAAGCCCCAGGGCAAGCAGCGCACGGUGGUCACGCAGCGGCGGGAGCUGGCGUGCCUGCGCUGCGGCAUGCUGCCCUCGCAGGCCGCGCCGUCGGACAUCACCGUCGAUGAUGUGCGCGCAGCGAGCCCCGACAAGGAGAUAUGGAAGCACGACGAGCUGGCCGCGCUCGCAUCCACCCCGGUUCCGCCGGACCCCGAGAACCCGAACUACAUCGUCGUCCACCCCGCGAUCGCCACGCGCUGCAUCGGCGCGGCCUGCCGCUGCCGCCACAUGACGGUGGUUCCCGCAGUGGUCGUUGCGGCCAUGCGCGACGUCGACGGCAACGCCCGCCCCGCGAUCGCGUGCGGCGCGUGCGGCAAGUGGCUCAAGGUGCCCAAGGAGGUCGUCGACGGGUCCCGGGAGGAGUACUAUCCCAACAUUGACCACGCGAUGCCUGACUCAGUCCAGGUCGAGGUGGACGCGAUCGGGGGCACGAUCCCGCUCGUGAAGCUGCGCGUGCAGCUCGCAUACAAGUCGCCGCCCACGACCAAGCCGGACCAGCGCGUCACGGCGGAGGUCCCGCGCGGGUGA